UCUGAUGGAUGCAAAUAUAUUACCCAGGGUUGUUACAAUUUCUGGCAGAGUUGUUUGUGAAGCCCCAAUUACGGGCGAGUUGAGUGGUUUAGGAGGUGCAAUAGUCGAAGAACGAGUAGAGGAACAUCAUCUUAAACGAGAUGUUGAAAUUAAGGGAAAAAAGGAAAGCAAGGGUUCUGUUGAGCCUGUUACAAAGAAAUGCGGUGAGGCUGAUUCUUGGACACCGGGUUAUGAGUUAAAAUCAGUCAAUCAUAAAGAGGCUCUUUGGUAUCUGGAUGAUGGGACCGGUCGUGCGCUUGUGGUUAGAGCUUGGGGUGGUACUGGUUUUGAAUUACCUGUUGGAAGCUCAACAUUUGAAAAUUCGACGGAGACACGUUUUCAUGAAAAAUCAGAUCGGAUACCUUUUCAUGAAAAAUCGGAGCACUUCCAACUUAUAAAGAUUCUUGGCUUCAAGAGGAUUGAACGGGUACUUCCGGUUGGAACUUCCUUAACUGUUGUUGGUCAGCCUGUCAGAGAUUCUGCUGGAGCCAUUCGAAUUCAGCGACCUCACAAUGGGCCAUUUUAUGUGUCUCAACAAACGAUUGAUGAACACAUUGAAAAUCUCAAGAGUGUUGCAAGGUGGUGCCAGUGUGUUUCUGUGGGCCUGACAGUCUUUGGUGUUUCGCUAAUAGCCAAUGCUCUUUCGCACACCUCAGAAGACAGUGUUGCAGUAAACUGUGGAAAAGGUACCAUUCACUAGGUUAUUCUUCUGAUAAGUGGUGACAAACAGAUUCUUAUUGAAUGCUGUUCAAUUAGCCAAGUGAAUUAGCGGGUUACAUAUUUGUGUUAAAUGCUUAUACUCACUGACAUACACACAAACAUGCGUGCUAAAGCCACAAAAACUGAUAUGUUCAAAACCCCUAAAUGAAACGAACUUAGCUAAAGAGUUGAAAGAUAUUUUUUUGUUUUUGUUGAAAAAAAUUUCGUUGCGAUCUUUCCAAAGCACCCAUAUACAAGCGAACUAAAUAACACUGCACCUUUCAGCCGCACCCUUCCACUUCCCAGCAAACCUGCAAAUUGAUAAAAUUUCUCCACGGCAAAGUUAUGUAAGGCCGACGAUAAGUUUAGCCACACUAGAAUAUUAUGCCAAACCGAGCAGAUUACCGGAUAUUCAAAAACAAGUGUAAUGCAUUUUCCUCCCCUCACACAACCAUUAAUUUGAGCAUCUAGCAUUGAGAUUCAUUUAACACGCCUCUAUUUAUCAAACUAUCCUUCGCCGGAAUUGUAUUUCAUAGUUUAUUCAAGUUUAAUUGAAAGAAAAUGCUAAUUUUAUGAAGUCGGGUUUUUUAUUUAUUUACUUUCGUGUUUAUAUAUUUGUGUGAUUAUUGUUUCUCCUUCCUAUUCACUUGGUGUCUUAUUCUCUCAUUGAGUCUAUGUAACUCGCCCGUUUCCUUUCAUUCUUUUUCUUCAGAUUCGUAGGUUGCAGAAUAGGUAUUUCCUUAUACUUGUAGAUUUGUCAAGAGUUCCUUCAUUUUGGUUUGUCUAUAUAUUAAGUGGUGAUCAUUAUUUUGCAACUUUAAGAUGAUGCAACUAUUUUGGUAUGAAGUUUUUUCAGUAC